AUGGGUGAAGAUCAGCCUAGAUAUAAAGUGAGAAACAAAAAGGAGGCCGAGGAUCCGAUAAGAUACAGAACCCAUGGAACAUCGUUUUACAAUUUGAGGCUUCCAGAGAAUUAUCGAUUGGGAAAUCAAGCGAUUUAUCAGAAUCCAUUAAUCAAUUUUGUCAUUGGAGCAAAGAGAUUGUCGCUGGCCUUUGGUGUGAUAGGUGUGUUAUUUGCAUAUCUUAUGGACCGAACAGGAAUUGUGUGGCCCCAGAUAUCUGAAGCAGUGGCAAUAAUAAGUCUAAUUCCAUUUCCAGUUCUACUAUACCUUUACCAACCUUACGUGGCUCGAGUGUUUAGAAUAUAUGACACAAAGAAACCUCAGACGAUGGAGAACUUAAUCAAAGAUGAGAAAAUCCUUCUUGAGAAAAUUAACUGGAAUGGCUUCAAAACUUACAAUGAAUUGGUGCGUGUAGAUUCAUUAAGGGCCCCGGAUAAAAAUGACUAUGAGAGUAGGUUUGGCUAUGUGAAUUUGGUUAGUGAGGACCCAAAGACGGGGUUAAAAAUGUACUAUUACAUCAAUGACGGCUUUGGCAACGUUAAGAUGGACAGAAUAAUGGCAAUCUCUGAGAGAAAGGCUGGCGUUAAUAAUGGAAGGGAUUUCUUCGAUAACUGA